UAGCUAAGAAAAGCUAGGGAAGUCUACUAUAUCAUGAAGAUCAAAAGAGAAAAGUGAUCUAAAGGACUUUGUAAAUCCCAAUGACAUUUAGAUGUUACCUUUUUUUAAUCUGAGGAAAUUGAGGUUCAGAAUGAUGUAGCAAUUGCCCAAGAUCACACCCCAAGUAAUUCCCAAGUGUGAGAUUCCAAUCCCUGUCCCUCCUAAUCCCUACCCCAUUUCUCUUUCUGCUAAAAAAUACUCUCAAAUCUUUCUAGAAGUCUCAUAUGGCCAUAGUUCUGCAUCCUUACAAGGAGUGGUAUGUUGGGCCCUUUAAGAAUUAAUGAUGGGGAAGUAAAAUUGUGUAUUAAGAAACAUUGUCUGUUGUUGCCAGACUUGGUUAGGUAAGAGAGAGAAGGCAGAACCAGAAUCCCAAUCCGGACUCUUGGUUAUUGGGACAGAUCUCUUGGUCCUUAGGACAUCUCAUUCAUUUGCACUUUAUAUUUCUCUCCCAAACUGAGACGUAUAAGAUUGGAGAAGUUUUUGAGAUUGAUUGGCUCGGAUAGAAGUGAGUAAGGAUUAGAAUGUGAGAAAGGGAUAUUAGAGGGAGAGACUAGAUGGGAGGAACCACUGGGUAUUUUUUUUCACUAAAGAAGCACUGAGAGUUUGAGCUUACCAAGUCUCCCUCCUUAGUAAGGAGGUCCCUGCACUGAUCUAUAGCAGAAGGUAUUGAGUAAUUGGCAGGGGUGAAUUAAGGAGUAAAAUAGUAAGAUGGCUGUAGCCCAUUAAACCCAUCUUCCUUACAAGUUUAGAAUUUUUUUCUACCAUAUUCUCUUGAGCCUAGUCCUGGAACGAUAUGACUGAGAGUGUCCGCUGCAUACUGGUACGAUACUUAGAAGAGUUGACCUUUGAGGAACUCAAGAAAUUCAAGUUAUUUCUAGAGGAUUCUCCCCCUAAAGAGAAAUUUCUCAGGAUCCCUAGGAGUCAGAUGAAAAAGGCAGAUAAUACUGACAUGGCUGAACUCAUGGUUCAUCAUUAUGGAGAAGGGGAGGCAUGGGAUGUGGCUCUCAUGAUAUGGGAGAAGAUGGGCCUGAGAGAGCUGUGGGAGCAAGCAAAGAGAGAGGCCCCACAAAUGGAGAAACUCAGAUGGAACAGCAGGUUCCUGAAAGGGAAGGACAAGAAGUCAGAGAGAAGAAAGUUGGGAUUUUGGAAACAUGUUGACAAACUAAUGAAAAAGUGGUCAGGCCAGGACCACAUGGACCAAUGGAAUGAAGGUUGCCAAACAACAUAUAGAAAUAGAAUUAUGGAGAAAUUCCGGGUCAUGAGAGAUAGGAACUCUUGUCCUGGGGAAUAUGAAAACUUACACCACCGAUUCACACGACUGUUGCUUCUGCAAGAAUAUCGUCACAGAGAGCAGAAAGAACAUGAGCUCCUGGCCAUUGGAUGGGAACAUGCUGAGAUCAUGGAAAAUCAAGGACAGCUUAUAGAAGUGGCAUCUUUAUUUGAUCCUGAUAAGAAGAGAGAAGCCCAUCCACAAGUUGUUGUGCUUCAAGGGGCUGCUGGGAUCGGGAAAACAACACUGGCCAGAAAGGUGAUAUUGGACUGGGCAGAGGGAAACCUCUACCAGGACAAGUUUGACUAUGUUUUCUAUCUCCAUUGCAGAGAAAUGAAUCAUCUAAGAGAAAAAAAAAUAAGAUUUGCUGAUUUAAUUGCUAAUGAUUGGCCUUUUCUAGAGGCUUCUAUGAAAAGAAUCCUGUCCCAUCCAGAAAAACUCCUAUUUGUCAUUGAUGGCUUGGAUGAACUAAAAUUUUCAUGUGAUGAGCACAGCUAUGACCUGUGUAAAGACUGGAAUCUGCAGCAGCCAGUGCCUAUUCUCCUGAGCAGUUUAUUGAGGAAAACCAUGUUGCUUGAGUCUUCCCUGCUCAUCACUACACGACUCACUGCUCUGGAGAAAUGUGAUUUUUUAUUUGAAAACCCACGUCACGUGGAGAUCCUAGGGUUCUCUGAAGAGGACAGGUGGAAGUAUUUCUGCAAGUUUUUUGGAGAUGAAGAUCAAGCCCAACAAGCCUUCAGUUUGAUAGUUAACAAUGAAACUUUGUUCACCAUGUGCUUUGUCCCACUGAUGUGUUGGAUAAUCUGCACUUGUAUGAAGCAGCAGAUGAGGAGAAAAAAGGAUCUUAAGCAGGCCUCCAAAACCACCACGACCUUAUACAUGUGUUAUCUUUCUAGUCUAGCGACCCCUGGUGCCAGAAGCUGUUCAGUUCAGCACCACAGGAGCCUCUGUCGCAUGGCUGCAGAGGGAAUUUGGGAAGGGAAAAUCCUGUUUGAUGGAGAUGACCUCAGGAGGCAUGGGUUAGAGGCCUCAGAUGUCUCUGCUUUCCUGGAUAUGCACAUUUUUCAGAAAGAUAGUGACUCUGAAAAUUGCUAUAGCUUCAUUCACUUGAGUUUCCAAGAAUUUUUUGCUGCCAUGUUUUAUGCCCUUGGGGAAGAGAAGGAAACCGGUGGCAGAGCAGUCCCUCCCAUUCCAGGAGUCAAAGACCUUCUAGCAAAGUGCAGAGACUCUGCCACUAGCUUUGUGGCUUUAACCGUGCAUUUUUUGUUUGGUUUCCUGAAUGCAGACAACAGAAAGAGGCUAGAGGAGAUAUAUGACUGUAAAAUAUCACAAGAAAUAAAGCUGGAAUUAUUGCAAUGGAUACAAGCAGUGACUGAACAGCAACAUAAAGAUCCAUCUCUGAGGAAUGAUCUACUAGAAAUGUUUUCUCAUUUAUAUGAAACUCAAGAUGAAGAGUUUGUAACAACUGCAAUGGCUCACUUCCAGGAAAUCAGUUUAAACAUUUAUUCCAAAUUACAUUUCUUGAUUUCUGUUUUCUGCAUCAAAUUUUGCCAUAAUUUGGGGAAAAUCCGCCUCAACAUAGCUAGGUUCCAAAUGAAAUCCCUUCAAUUCAAAGUUUUCCAACUUGCUGUGGUUGACUGGCAGCAUCUAUUUUCAGUGCUUUCCAAGAAUCAAAACCUAAGGACCCUGGACCUGAGUGGCACUGAACUUGCCAAUUCAGCUGUGAAUGCCCUUUGCUCGGAACUAAGUCAAUCUAGCUGUAAAUUACAAAAAUUGAGUCUGUCCAAAUGCCAGCUCACUGCCUCUUGCUGUCAGCACCUCUCAUCCCUUCUUAAGAACAACAAAAAUCUGACAUAUCUGGACCUGAGCAUGAAUUUCCUAGGAGAUGAAGGAAUAAAAGCAUUGUGUGAAGUCUUAAGAAAUCAGAACUGUAAUAUACAAGAACUAAAUUUAUCCAGGUGCCGCUUUUCUGAUGCUUGCUGUAAGAAUCUCUCCUCUGCUCUCAUGGCUCAUGGAAAAAUAAAAUAUUUAGAUCUGAGUGAAAAUACUCUUGGAGAUGUUGGGAUGAACCUGCUUUGUGAGGCCUUGGGAAGUUCAGACUGUAACCUCCAGGAACUGAAGUUAUCCCAGUGCCACUUUACGGAUGCCUGUUGUCAGGAUCUCUCUACUUGCAUCAAGAAUCAAAGCCUGAUACAUCUGGAUGUGAGUGGCAAUUUUCUGCAAGAUAGUGGAAUAAGGUUGCUGUGUGAAGCCUUAAGACACCCUACCUGUAAUCUACAGAAACUGUUGUUAUCCCUGUGCCAUAUCACAGAUUCCAGUUGUCAGGAUGUUUCCUUUGCUCUCAAGAACAACCGAAGUCUCAUUCAUUUGGAUUUAGGAUGCAAUAACCUAUAUAAUCAUGGAGUGAAGCUGCUGUGUGAAGCCUUAGAAAAUCAGAAUUGUAAUCUACAGACCCUGGAGUUGUGGAACUGCCAGCUCUCUGCUGCUUGUUGUCAUGAAUUCUCCUCCGUCCUCAAGAAAAACCAAAGUCUGACCCAUUUGAAUUUGGGUGCAAACCCAUUGCGCAAUAAUGGAGUGAAAGUGUUAUGUGAGGCUCUGGGAAACCAGAAUUGUAAAUUACAAAAACUGAAGUUGUGUAAGUGCCUUCUCUCUGCAGUAGGAUGUCGGUAUCUCUCCACUGCACUCAAGAGCAAUCAAAAUCUGACGCACUUAAAACUUACAGGAAAUGGUCUGGGUGAUGAUGGAGUGAAGCUUUUGUUCGAGGCCUUGAAAAACUCAGACUGUAAACUACAAAAACUAACGUUGGAUAAGUGGAAAUUAAGUGCAGAUACUCAAAGAAUCCAAGAUGAACUGAGACAGAGAAAACCUCACCUGAUCAUCGAGAAUUCAAGUCUAUGUUGAUCAUCUUUUUUGAGUCAGAUUGAAGAGAAGCAGAUCCUGGAAAAUUAGUGUGAAGACCAUGAAGAGAAAGGAUUUGCAGUCACUUCGUGUGUAUGCUCUACGUGUACCAAACUACUAUUGGAUUCUAAACUUGAGCUUGCUCUUUCAUAGUAUUCUGUACAUAAUCAUGGAUCCCUUCCAACUCUCAAUCAAUUACACUAUUGGACAACCUACAAGGCAGGCUAUGCUGUUUUUGGACAGUUCUAAUUUUUAGAUGUAAGCUCAAUAUUAGGAAAUACUUCCUGUCUUCUUAUAACUGUUGCACUCUGGUUCUCAUUUGUCCUCUGGAAACAAACUAAAGAAACAAAUGCCUCUUCCUCAUAAAAGGAAUCAAAAUAUUUGAAGAUGUGUGCUGGAGACAGCUCUGAUCUUGUGAGGGCCACAUGUUAAAUUUUUAUUGUGAACACUUACUGCCUCAGAAAUUGGCAGACUAAAAAUCAGUUUAAAUUAUUACUUUGUUGAUUGCCUGGGCAUAAGAAAGUAAUGAAGAAAAAUAUUAAUAAUGUAAAUUAAACAACUGCAUCACACAUAUUUUUAUUUUCCAAAAGCUAAUUAUUAAAUAUUUACCAGCACAAUCCAUCUCAUCAGCCACACCAAGUUUUUUCUUAUCAAAGUUAAACAUUCCUAGUUUCUUCACUUGACUUUCCUGCCCUACGUUAUCACCUUUCCUCACCAUCCAUCCUAGCAUCCUACUCAUUGUUCUCUGAAUACUGACAAACUCCAGUUAUUAGUUCCCAUUCUAAAACCUUAGUAACAGAUUAUACUCUGACCUAGUCAAACAAAUACUUUCCUAUUUAUUACAACUUUCACUCUGGAAAUUAUGUUUUUGUUAAUUUUGGGUGAGAUUAUAUUAACUCUUUUGUCCAUCAUAUCACAAUAAUACUGUGGGAAAAAAUCACUAGGACUUCAACAGACUUUUUCCAUGAGUGCUUUUCUAAUCAUACCUCUCCCAAUUUGUGUAUUUUUUAACCCAAGUGCAUGACUUGAAAUUCCACUUCACUACUGGUAAAAUUUUCAAAAACGGGGGCAGCUGGGUGGCUCAGUGGAUUGAGAGCCAGGCCUAGAGACGGGAGGUCCUAGUUUCAAAUCUGGCCUCAGACACUUCCCAGCUGUGUGACCCUGGGCAAGUCACUUGACCCCCAUUGCCUAGCCCUUGCCACUCUUCUGCCUUGGAGUCAAUACACAGUAUUGACUCCAAGAUGGAAGGUAAGGGUUUAAAAAAAAAUUACUUUCUGUCUUAUCCCCCUUUUUUUUUUAAUAGCAUACCAAAUAUAUUAGCAUCUUUUACAUUUUUCAAACAGUAGUGCAAACAUUAAUACAAAUAUCAAUUUUGCCAUAACUAUGACAUUUUGAUUUGUUGAAGACAUAACAAGAAUGAAGCUAAUGAAAUGACAUUGUACCUUCUGGCUGCAUAUUUCUUACAUGAGCCUUAUUUAAAUCUCUGCUACAAAUGAACUAAUCAAUAUAAUAACCAAGAAUAUAACAUAACCAAUGUUUGCAAAAUUCAUUUCACCAAACCAAUGUUUGUAUUAAUAGAAGCUUGAUUUGCGUUCUAUGUAAAAGCAAUUUCUACAGUUACUUGUUCAUAGAAUUUGAUGUAACUUAUUUUUCCUUGUUAUAAAUGAAUAAUAUUCAAUGUGAUUUUUCUACAAUCUUAUUAAUGCCAAAUUUUUUUUCCUAUUUUCAAUACAUACUACAAAAAAGAGAAACUUAGUGUAUACUUUGCGGUUGCUCCAUGUACAUGUGUAAUAACCUAUUCCAUCUAGGAGGUUCAACAACUGCGCGUCCACAGAGAUUGUCCAACCUAGGCUUUACUUUCAUGUACCAGAACAUCUUCCAGUACUUGAAGUGGAAGCUAAUAGACCCUGAAUCCAGCGGCCUGCCUGAAUUCUGGGAAUGGUGGGAGAGAGCAAGAAAGAGUUCCCUAAAGAUAUUACCCAAGAGAUGGGGUUUCAGGAGUAGUGAUCAACAAUGAUAUUAACAUUUGACUACAGCAAUGGCAGUUGGCACAUAAUGUCUACAUAGUCAUUGUCAGGAAUAUGAUCUACACAUAGAUGUAGAUGAUCAAUUUUCAAUAACCUUGGUUCCUAAUUAAAAAUUUCUGAA